AUGUCCCAGUUUAAAGGAGUUUUCCUUUUAGAAAUAACUGAAGAAGAUGAUGUAAGUGAUUUGAAAAAACUUAUGACCAAAUCGUUUCAAAUGAAAGAGAAUUAUUAUUUACAAAAUAUAUUGAUUGUAUUUGAAUGCAAGCAUGAAGAUCCUAAGAGGCUAAGGGCAUUAUACGAAACCGUGAACACGUCAAACUUAUCGCAGAGCACAUUUAUAAUCAUUACAAGCAUCGAUAGGUCAAGGGUAGCAGCAUUAGAACUAAAUGCAGAGCAGACACUCAUAGCUGACGGGAUAGAUUCUGUUAUUGUAAGUUCUAUUGAUAUCGAUUCAACUACCAGUGAUGACGAAGACGAGUUAAGUAGACAAUUCAAUCAGUUAGUCGCAAAGAGAAAAGGCAGUUUAUGGGAGAAAUACCCUAUAAAAAACGUUUGUUUGGAAAAUUUGAAGCACAGUGGUGUCAUACGUCUUCCAGACGAAAUUAGAUCAAUACAUUUGCGCGACUGUGAUCCUACCAUUCAUUUAGUACACAACGCAACAAUAUUGGAUGUUUCAUGCCAAAAUCCUUUGUUUUACGAUACAUUCAAUCCGAUAACUAUAUUUUCGUCCACAUUGACAAUUGUUUCAUUAGGGUUUUCUGCAAAUAGUCAUAUCUUUAAUAGGAGUUUAUAUAAAAAAUUUGCCAAUGGACUCUCGCAAAAUGCCCAAAUAUCAUCAUUACUUUUGCGCAAUAUGAAAGUUGGAAAAAAAGUUUUUACUGUCAAACUUGAAAAGCAAGAGAUUGAACAAAUGAAAAUAUCUAUGAAAACAAACGAAGAUUAUCGACGACAUGGUGCUCGUAUUUUAGGUCCAAAAUUGGAGAUACAGACGUUUGACAGAGAGGACUUUAAUGCUGAGUUAGAACGACACGACUCAUUUGCAGCAUAUGUAAUUUUAGAUCUGAUAUGUUACGAUCUUGUGAAGACGCACAAUGCCAUAUCAGAAAGUUACCCAGCGAAACAAAAUAAUACAAAUGAGAUAUAUCUGGUUUGUUUUAUGAAGAGGUACAUUGAUAUGGACUCUUUUAAAGGAUUCAGUCUUGUAAAAAGGGAUUACUGUUUUGUCAGUAAGGAAUCACUCAAGGCGGAAAAUUCAUUUAACAGAGAUGAGCCAUCUUUUCUGAAAACAGCUGACAAAGAAUUCAUUGCAAUAAAUGAAACCGUCUCAUAUCAUGCGGACCAUUUAAUGGACACUCAUAAAAAUUUGGAGGCUGUGAAGGUCAGUUUUGUCAGGUCCUCCAAAGGUCAGUUUGAACAUCCACACCCAUGUAUUGUUUUAUAUUGCAAGGUGAAAGGUUACAUACCUUUUGGGGAAAAGUGUUUUCCAAAACAGUUGGCCCAUCCGUUUAUAGACAAAUCAUAUGAAACAGACAUUCGUGAAGGUUUCUUCACACCUUGUCCAUAUCUAACAAGCCGUAGUACAGAAUGGAAUAAAGAACUUGCAUUCGGUUGCAGUGUUGGUGAAAUGAACACCAACAUAGCAGCAACACUUGGACCAUUGGUCAACAUAAAAGAAACAGGUGAGACUUGUUUUCUAACAGUUCGUCAUUUAUUCCAACCACUACCACCGCUUAGAAACGACAGCCAGAUUGUGGGAGUUAAGGUUGUUCAACCAGCUGAUAUACAUUUGCCACCACGUUCCGGUGUGAUGCAAGAUAGGUUAUGUGGAGAAGUUUUGAGCAGUCACAUAGGAGGACAAAUUGAUGCAGCUUUGGUGAAAAUAUGCCAAGAAAGAAUACCCAGUAGAGGACACUUUGUUAACAUUACGAAAGAAGAUUUAAAUUUUGCAGGUCUUUCACUCACGGACCUACCUACAUAUGACGAUGGGGAUUACAUGGAUGCAAAAACAUUAACAGUACAAAAUAAUGCAACCAGACGAAUCAUCAAAAUAGGAAAUGUAACUUCUCUAACAAAAGGGACGUUGUCAACAACCGACGGGGUUGUCAGGGAAACAAUGGAAUACACAACAUUGGAAACACUUUAUAACGGAAGUAGACAAAAGUAUGUUGUGAAAAAUCAACUUUUGGUAGAUUCUUAUGUUAAUAAAAUAUUUUGUCAGGCAGGAGACUCGGGUUCUGCAGUGUUUCUUGCGGAUGAUGACAACCGUUUAUAUUGCAUUGGUAUGGUUAUAGGGAUGCUGGCAAAUGACUGCUCGGCAGUUGUUACACCAAUUAUGAAUAUUUUAGAUAUUCUUGGGCAUAAGUUAGGCAAAACGCUGGAACUUAAAAAGUUUGAGUUUGAUCAAAUGGAUGAACAGUAGAAAUUCCGUGCCAUGGAUUUUGUAACGGAAUAAAAGGCUGUAAUAUAGGAUAGGUUACAGCUACUUAAUAGAUAAACAAUUUUGCCUGAGGUUGCUUGGCAAUAUAACUUUUACAAGAGGCUUAUAGGAUGAGGGCAACGUCUCUUAAUAUUGUCUCUGAUAUCGAUGGGCAACAUUUUACAUCCUUGAAAUAACUGUACUAUUACUGGACGAAAAAUAUAACACUAAACUGAGAUAACAACUUAUUAAGCUAUUUAGGUAGUUCUGCAGAAAGUAACAGCGUAUCGUCAUUUAUCGGGACAACGCUGAAUAGAACCUGGUCUCGGCAUACUGAAAUCAAAAUUAUUUCACGAAUUAAUGGCAACCCGUGUGUGUUAGGUAAUAUAAAACAACAUUAAUAUCUUUCUAAAUAUGAAAUAUCAUGUGAAAUAUGUUGACAUGUAGAAAGGUAAAUCAAAGCCUUGAAAUGCGCGGACCUCUCUAAUUACGAACAAGUAUGUAAUUAACAAGCACAUGAAUUACAUCAACCAUAUUAUAGCCCAUGUGUUUAUUCACGAUGGUGAAAUCUACAUGGCAGAAAACAUUUAAUUCGUGACAAUGUCAUUAGAAUUGUGAGUUUCCCAUAUACUUCCAAUAUGAAAAUUUGCAUGAGGUCCCAAUGUUUCAAAUUAGAAAAAAAUUUCCAACGUGCAGAACUACCUAAGUCUAAUAAGUACAGUGCUAAACAGUACAAGCUAACCAAAAUUUCAGAUAGAUAGAUCAGAAUUUGAUAAAAAUAACCUUAGCAUGAGUGUAUAACGUAUAUCAAUUAUGACGUCAAAUUUCCGCAUGACGUCCGGUUCAUUACUCCUCGGGUAAAUCAAGUCGUAAAAUAUUUUAUUGAGCAUGUCAGAAUGAAAACAAUCAAGGCCUUCUUGUGAUUAAUUGUCUAAUUUACAACGGUUCAUUGUACAGAUGCUUCAGUAUUUAAACACUCGGGCUAACGCCCUAGUGAUUCAAUUCCUACGCAUCUGAACUCAGAAUCGUGGUAAAUUAGACGACAAAUCACUCGAAGGCCUUGACUAUUCGUUGAUUAUACAUAUAAUUCAAUAAGUUAUAGAAUUCGUUGUAUUACAUCUCUUGUAUACAAUAAUAUUAAAAGGCAUAUAAAUAAAAGAUAAAUUGCAA